AUGCUCCCCGGCGGCGGCAGCGACGGAUGGGGACCUAGCGAGCACACUGAUGCAUGGAAUCAAGAGAAGGCCAUCCAGCGGGCAUUCUACGCAUUGACGAUCCCAAGGGCCUGGGACCUUAAUGGCUACAGCCCGGUGCUCGUCCGCUUCACUGGGGGCAAGAAGAACGGCUGCGACAUUGACGCCUCACGAUACUUUUUCGUUCACUGGGACGUCUACAACGUCGCUUGGAGGUGCUUUGAGGGUGAAUCUUGGAUUCUCGCCGGUGUUCGUUAUUCUGAGAAUUCCAUAUGCGGUCCUGGAACCCCCGGAAUGCCCUGCACCCCUCAGGUUCGAUGGACCCUGGACGUACUGGACGGCAUCGAAGAAAUCCGCGACGGAAAAUGGGGUGGUAUAACCAUAGACGAUUUGAUUCAUGGGGCGCACAACACGUGGCGUGCCAACGAUCGAACCAACAAACUGGGCGACCCCUCUACAUUUGCCACCCCAAAGUCCGGUCCUGAGACCCUCGCGGACCCCAGGCUGGACAUUACCGUACCUGGCUUCAUCCGCAUCCCAGUGUGUUCUGCCGAGGAGGUCAAAAAGAAUCUCGCCCUCGGACGGAAGCGGGCCAAUACUCCAAACUACCCUUGCAACUAG